CCUAUCAUGUGUUGUGUGAUAGGAAAAUUGAAAAAGAAUGCAAAUAAAAGAUAGAGGGCAUAAAAUUAAUGCAGAGUUGGAAGUUGACUCCCAAGAGUUUGGUGUGUAUGAAUGUAAGUAAGUAAUAAGCUUCUCAUCCCUGCAUAGAUGCAGUAUUCUUAGCCUUAGCAGAGAAACUUGGCUUAGUGGUUUAAGUCCUGUGUGGCAGAUAGAUCUUAAAGGACAAAGCAGCUGUUAAUAUGUCAGUACUAGCUCUGUCUGUCUGCAUAAAUAAAGAAAUGGGGUUAGCCAUAGAGUUAAAACUAUCUGGUUAUCCUACAUAUUAACACAAACUGGGGCUUGGAUACAGAAUUGUAUUCACGGUUUUACAAUCUAGGUUUUCUAGUCCAGGCACUUUUUGAAAAAACCUUUGUCCUCAUUCGAGGUGUUUUGUUGUUGAGUUUUUUGUGUUUGUUUUUGUGGGUAUUUGCCUGAUUCUACCUCUGAGCUUUCAGGUAAACAGAUGUGAUUCAAAACUACAUUCUAAGAUGUUUACUGUAGUGGAGUAAUUGGCCUACAGUAAUAAGUCACACUUUUCUACCGAAGGGGGAGAUGGUAAUCCCUGAGACAAGCUAAGUUAUUAAAAGAAUUUCUGUUGGAAAUUUUGCCGUUGUACAAGUUGCUCUGUUUCCUGAAAAUAACUUGGACAUGCUCCUGGUCUACCAUGUGAUUCCUCGGAUCCCACUCAUUCUUUAACUUUAAGCAAAAACCAAGUAAUUGUUGUUGUUAGGUUUUGAAGGGAAGGUGAGGAUUAAAGAAGGACACACAGAGAGGGGGUGCUCAACAUCAACACAGGUAUAUUGCAAAAACCUGCAGGGAUGGGGGAUCAGCUUAAAGCCAGAGCCCAGCACCACUUACAGGCUGGGGUACUUAUGGGUAUGGGCAGGAGGGGUCUGGGCCAUCUGGCUUGCUGUCUGGCAGGUUACUGAUAAGAUGUACCUAUAGUCAAACGGUUUGGCCCCUUUUCCAGUGGAAUGUGAUAAGAUGUUCCUUGGACCUUUGCCCAGCAGGAUAUGAUAGGGAUGUCUCUUCAGUUGAGCCUUUGCCCAGCAAGGUAUGAUAAGAUUGUUUCUCAGGACCUGAACCCCUAUAGAGUGUUUCACUUUGACCAAGCUCUGUGAAAUGGCGGGGGGCUUGCAAAAUGGUGCAGUUUAUACUAACAGUUGCCAAAGUCUCUGUAUUUUGCAACCGCCCUUUUGUACGAAACACAUUUCCCAAGUAAAACCAAAAACAAAUUUUUUACAGAUGAUAGUUUUCAGUAUCUGUUAUGGAAUAUGACCACAAGUACCAAUUAUAGUGUUGGAAAAUGCCUAUUCUUCAUGGGUAUAGAUAAUUUCAUAGCAGGUAUUCAGAAGAGUAUUUUGUUAUUCUUCUAACAGUGUUUUAUUAAAUUCUUUAUUUUUCUAUUACCAUUUUAGUUUUGCACUUCUUAGUUUCAAUUUAUUUAUCUUAUUCAUUAAGCUUUUAAUUAUUUACCAUUACUUUGUAUGUUGUCAUGUUUAGCAGUUAUUCACGUGAAGUAAAAUUAUGCAGUAAAUAUGCAUUUGUGUACUAUCCAUUUCUUAGUAAGAAGACAUGCAUCUGUCUAUUGCCAAUUGGUGCAUGUUUUGGUUUGCUGGUGGAAAAAUACUGUUUCAGAGUUCUUCCAAGGUUACAUAAUGCUGAGUGGCUUGUUCCUAGGGUGUUUGAAAGUAUGCUUCCCUUUAAAUAAUUUGAAAUGUAAUAAUCCUUAAUUAAAAAUUUUAUUCAUUUUUCAUUUCUAUAUGUGUGUAAACUUUGAGAACUUUUUAUCUCUUCAGUAUGUGUUAAUUUUAGUGUAAAAGUUAUCUUCCAACUUGAAUCAAUACAAAGUCUAUGGUACUUUAUAUCUUUCUGCUAUCUGUGCUAGAUUUGAGAUCAAUACAUUGUUACCAAAAGGGUAGAUUAAUAAGGGAGAGUUGUGCAAAAAAUUUGUUUUAUCAAAAAUGGGAUAAACUGACAUUAUCACACUGACCUAGCAUGAUAUAGCAAGAAGAGCAUAACAUUCCUUAUGUAGGAUUCCUGCCAAGAAAUGUAUAACCUGAAUCAAAUUGUGAGGCAACAAUCAGACAAACCCAAAUGAAGGAACAUUCUUCAAAACAACUGUUGCGUCCUCUUCAAAAUUAACAAUGUCUUGAAAGACAGAGAGAGGCCAAGGAACUAGAUUAAAGGGGUCUAAAUAACAUGACAACUCUAUGUAAAAAUGAUCCUCAAUUGACUCCUGAAUCAGGAAAAAAAAAUAUGAAGGAUAUUAUUAUAACAAUGGGUAAAAUUUGAAUAUGGUCUAGAUUUUAGAUAAUACUGUUAUAUCUGUUUCAGUUAUUGGGUUUGAUCAUUGUGUAGUGGUUAUGUUUAAAACAUGCCCUUGUUCUAGGAGAUAUAUGCUAAAGUUGUAGGGGUGACAGUUCAUAUUUGUAACUUGCACAAAUCCCUCUCAACUGGUGAUGAGGAUGAGUAGGCAAAAGGCAAGGAGUCAGAUAUUUGCCGUUGGUGAAUCUCAGUAAAUGAUUUACAGAUGAUCAUCCAGAAUGAAUCAUCCCUGAAAGUUUUCUGUAAGUUUAAAAUAUUUCAAAAUAAAAAGUUUAAAAGAGCAACGAUAUUAUUAACAACAUGUUCAAUGAAAAGACCCAAAUAACUCAUUGAGAUUUUGGAGUCCCAUUUCAAUAAAAAUAUCACCUAACAUUGACCAUGGUCAUCCCUGGAAGGGAGAUUAUGAGUGUACUUCUUAGAUUAAGUUUUCCUUUGAUUUAUGUGUAUUUGCCAUUAUGUGAGGUUUUUACUUCUGAAAUUCAGUUUCAGUGGAGGAGGUAUUUGCAUUCUGGGGAAAAAAACUUGCUGGUCGUGAUUAACGAUCUUUUACUUGCUGCUUGGCUUUAUUUUCUGUAAAUAUUCUAUGUUGCUUGGCUUUCAUUAAUUUUGUUUUCAGAUGUGCAGUUGGCAAACACCUUUCCUUCUUCUCACUGUAGCUUUGCGUCUGAAGUGACACUGAUUGUAGGUGGAGAGCGUUCAAAUCCCCUACCUGGUGGGUUAUGAGGAAUUAGGGCUCCAAACAAAAGUAGAGAUGACUUUGGACUACAAAUCCCCCAAAUAAGCCAGAAACUCUUCAGACAUUCCCUAAGGAAGGGGGCGCGGAGACUUGUGGGAAACAGAGUCUGGAAUUUGAUGGAUCGUCCCAGGAGCGCCCCGGGGACCGGUCCUUGGCAGCCCCGUCUGCGCAUGUGCAGUUCUUCCUCAUUGUUCCUUACUCCAGUCUCGGAUCAGCGUGGAGCCUCCGUGUCUACGCGUAACUCAGCGAUCAGGUCCUUCACGAAAGAUGUGCUCUGCAGCCAGGGUCACCCUGCUUCUGUGAGGAGGGGACAUCAGAAGCAGGAAUCCCACCUGGGAGGUCCCCACCCUCUCUGAUAAAAUGCACACAGCUGCACCAAGGACAUCUGGAAAAUAGGCAGAUCUCUAAGUGCUUGCUCUUGAAGCAAUUCCCGAUUCUUCCGCCCUGAAUAACUCAGCAUCUCAGAGGUUGCCAAGAACCGUUGGUCAGCGAAGGUGUGGGCCAGCUGUCAAAGGACAGAGCUCUGCCUCCACAGUUCUCUAAACUUUUCCAGGAUCAGAAGAAAAUGAACACAUCCCAGGGCUCAGUGCUGUUCGAGGAUGUAUCUGUGUACUUCACCCAGAAGGAAUGGCAGCUGCUGGACCCUGCCCAGAGGCUCCUGUACAGGGACGUGAUGCUGGAGAACUACAGGCACCUGGUAUCACUGGGGCACUGUGUUACCAAACCUGAGCUGAUAGUCAAGUUGAAGCAAGGAGACGAACCAUGGAUAUUAAAGAGAGAACCACCAAGUCAGAGCCACUCAGGUGAGUUGAAGUCAGAUAUAAAGAAGCUGGGGGAAAUUAGAUCCCAAGUGGCCAGUCCAGGUGUUAGAAUCUUUGAAAUAUAUUUUAGAAAUCUCUUUUAGAGGCUCCAGGCUUUUAGAAGUAAUGGAAAAAGAUGACCACCAUACCUUUAAUAUCAAGCCUUCAAAUAUUCUCAUAUAUAAAGGUUUUUUGUUUUUCUGUCUGACUUUUAGGAAGAGACUUUCUUGGUUUUUGUAGAAUCCAGUUGCUAUAUUCCUCAUCCUAGACCUUUCUGUCUUUUUUUCUCUCUGUCCAACAAUGGCCAUCGUUCACUUUCUCUCUGGUACCUAACAUGCAUUUUUUCAUGCAUUCCUUUAUUUGACAAAUAUUUAUUCUGGACCUGCUAUGUGCCAGUCACAUUCUAAGCACAGAGAAUAGAGAAGCAACAUCUCUACUCCUGUCAGUAGAUUCAGUCAGCAAAUAAAUACAUAAUAAGCCAUGUAGUAAUCAACAUGAGGAAAAAAUCAGAUGAAAGAGACAGAGACUCCUAGAGAGUAUUGUUUUAGCAAGGGAAGUCAGAAGAAGCCUCUUUAUAGAGGCGAACAUUUAAAUAGGAACAGUGGAAUAGAGUUUUCAGUGAAGGGAUGGAGCAAGCCAUGGAUUAUCGGAGCAAUUUCCAGACCAGGGGAAUAGCGGGUGUAAAGAUCCUGAGAAAAGAGUGUGUUUGGUGUAAUUAGAGAACAGCAGGGAAAUCAGUGGACUAGAAGAAGUCCGGUGAGGAGAAGAAGCAGAUAAGGUUAGAGAGUUAGCUGGGGAGAGAGCUUUAUAGGCCUGGUAAGACUUUCCGUUUCCCUGAGUGAGAUAAUAUGUAAGAGAAUAUGGCAAAGCCUAUACCUUUAAGCACUACAUUUUCAAGUCAGGAAAACACAAAUCUCUAGCAAGAGAGACUGAGGAGGACCAUCCAGCAUGGUAGAGGGAGAACCAGGAGAGCAUGAACAAGGUGUUUCAAGAAGAAAAGAGUGAGAUUCAACAUGCAGGUGGAAGUGUAGAGUUCAGCAUUGCCUCAUCUUUUCCUGAAAAGUAACCAAAAACCACAAGGAAAAUACAAAACAAAAUGUCAACUCAAUUUUCACUGGAAGUUGGAGACAGCUGAAAUGCUAAGGCAGCUGAAAUCCU